AUGCAAAGGGAUAGCCCCAACGGCAGGAACAACAAUUACUACUAUCGCAAUCGGGAGGGAAACCUGCACAACAGCACGUACAGAAAUUCGUACAGAAAUUCGUACAGAAAUUCAUACAGGAAUUCUUACAGGAAUUCUUAUAAAAAUUUGCACAAAAAUUUGCAUAAAAAUUUGUACCAAAAUUCAUACCAAAAUUCGUACCAAAAUUCGUACCAUAAUGGUUACCACGACUCGCACAACCACUUAUACAAUAGCGGCUUCGGCAAUGCCUACAGCAACGAAUACAGCAAUGCGUACGGCAACCCUUACGGGAGCGGCUUCAAGCUGCUGAAGGGGAAAAGAAUCAGGAGCUUCAACAGCUCCAGCAACUCCAGCCGGAAAGGAAAGCUCUUUAAGAAAUUUAAAAACUACGAUGUGGACGAAAAUAUGAUGAGGGCGUAUAAAAAUGGGAGGAAACGCAGCUACUCAUCCAUGAGGGAGAUAAAUGACAAAGAACAAAGACACCAUAAGGUGUAUCUAGAGUCCAAGUACCACCACGAGGAGCAUCAAAAUAAUUACAUAAAAGGAUUUAACCUGACCAGAAAAAGAAACUACUAUUCGUACAAAAAAAAAUUGUACAGUAGUGAUAAGAGAAACUACGAUACCCACUUUGGACAGGGGAACAUUUUUUACAAUAAUGAAUAUUAUCUAUUUAACGACGGAGCUACGUUGAAGAAGAAAAAAAUGUAUUAUGGAAAUAAAAAUAGCUUUAGAACAAAUUCGAGAAGCUAUAAUGGGCAUCCGGACAGGAUGAAUAAUAAACGGAAAGAUUCUAAUCGGAAUGGGAAGUGUAAAACGACCGCUGUGCAUCCGAAGGAGACAGGCAGUUUGGGAGGGGGACCAAGUGCAACUAGCGCAACGAGUGCAGCUACAGAGAUGAGAAUAUGCAACUAUAAGGACAAGGGUGACAAAUCGAAUAAAUCAUUCAAGUUAAAAAAUAGCGAUACGACGCGAGAUGAUGGUACAGGAAAAUCGGAUCUGAGAGACGAAAUUAUGGGAAAUAGGAGAAACCUCGCCGCGUGCAUUGAUAAGGAAAAAGGCUCACAGCAGUCCCUCCGUAAAUACACUCGAGGGGUAAGGAAAAGAAAAAAGGCACCCAGCAGUUAUAGCGGUACGAGAAGUGGACGUAGGAGCAGGCGAAGGAGUAGGCGAAGGAGCGGACGAGGGAGCGCACAACGAAGAAGGCGAAGAAGAGAUAGCAUCAGUAGCAAUGACGAAACAGGCACGAGUGCUUUAUCACGAAGAGGCAGUAGCUACUUCUCACGUGAAAAUAAAAAAAAACACCAUGCCGAUAGGUAUAGUAGUGAGUCCUACAAGUAUACCCCCUCGGACGAAUCAACGGAUGAUAUAUCGUCGAGAAAAAAAUACAACCACAAAAGAAACAGAACAAAAAUAUCAGAUAUGGAAGAUAACAGCAAUAGGAAGAAAAAAAAAAAAAAAAAGAAAACUACGACUCAGAUGACGAAAUUAUUCAUUUUAGUUGGAAAAAGGGAAUGAAUGGGGGAGGGAACUUUCGGGAGAGUUCUUCUCUGUCAACACAUGGACACAAAAAAGUAUUACGCGGUGAAGGUAGUACGAAAUAUUAGAAAGUAUACCAAAUCUGCAAAGAUAGAAGCAGAUAUUUUGAAGAAAAUCCAAAAUGAUGAUUUUAAAAAUAAUAAUAUUGUAAAAUAUCAUGGAAGGUUUAUGUACUACGAUCACAUGUGUCUGGUUUUCGAACCCCUGGGUCCAUCUCUCUACGAAAUUAUCACCAAGAAUAACUACAACGGAUUUCAUUUGGAGGACAUCAAGCUUUACUGUAUUGAAAUGUUGAAAGCAUUAAAUUACCUCCGCAAAAUAUCUUUAACUCACACCGAUUUGAAGCCAGAAAAUAUUUUGCUAGACGACCCAUAUUUUGAGAAAACCCUAGUGAGUGUUAGAAGAGCUACAGAUGGAAAGAGGGUUCAGAUUUAUAGAACCAAAUCAACGGGCAUCAAAUUAAUCGAUUUUGGUUGUGCCACUUUUAAGGACGGAUACCAUGGGUCUAUUAUCAACACCAGACAGUAUCGUGCUCCGGAAGUUAUCCUAAAUUUAGGAUGGGAUGUUUCAAGUGAUAUGUGGAGUUUUGGUUGUGUGUUGGCUGAAAUGCAUACAGGGGAUCUUUUGUUUAGAACCCAUGAGCAUUUAGAACACUUAGCCCUGAUGGAAGCUAUCAUUCAGCCAAUCCCCAAAAAAAUGAUAUGCGAGGCAGUUAGAACAAAUGGGGCCAAAUAUAUAAAUAGGGAUGGUCUUAGAUUGGCCUGGCCAGAAAAUGCUUCUAGUUUUGAGUCCAUUAAGUACGUCAAGAGGUGCCUGCCCCUGCACAAACUUAUAAGGAAUGAUUUGUUUUGCGACUUCUUGUAUAGCAUACUGCAGAUCGACCCCGCACUGAGGUCGACCCCCGCCGAGCUCCUGAAGCAUAGGUUUCUGCAAGAGAACCUCUACACAGAUGUGGUCUCCAUGGUCGAUAAAUAUAUCAUCCCUGGGUGCUAA